ACCUUGGCAGCACAGAAACAGAAAGCAGAUGUCAAUUUCAGUUCAGAAUUCAGGUUUUGAUAAAGUUUGAAAUUAAUGUCAUGCCAAAUCAAUCAAAAUCAUUUAUUUUAUAUAAGUGAAAACUCCUGUUUUAUUCCGUAUUUUUGCAUUCUCUGACAAUAUUGACAAUGGAUAUUAUUGGAGACCUUUCAGUUGUAAACAAUAUAUCUACACCCGAGUGCAAUCCUGAUAAUAAUUUCCAAAAAGAAACUGCUUUGCCAUUCCAACAGGUGUUCAUCAAAGAAGAAUUUUAUGAAGAGGCUGAAGAAGAUGAAGAUAAAACUGUCCAAUCGAAUGAUUUAUUGGAAGGCUUGGACGCUAUCAGUAGCGACCUCAGGGUAGAAACUUCUGAUCAUAUAUUGGCGACUGAGGAUACAGAGUGUGAAGAAAGAGUUAACGAUUUUGGGUAUGGCGAAGAGUUGUCCACUGUUGGUGGUGAAAUGGAGGCAGCUGCGUGUCCCAGCAUCCAGCUGAAACGGAAGCCUGACAAAUGUGGCCACUGCAGCUACACAACUGUCAACCCACAACAGCUGAUGCAACAUUUCCAAACCAACCAUGCCGACCAGUACCCGUUCGUUUGUGAUUUCUGCGAUUUCCGAUGCUUGGUGCGAAAAACGCUCAAUGUGCACACGAGGACGGAACACGCAGGCGAAAAACGCUUCAGCUGCGAGUUUUGUGACUACAAAGCGGUGCGACUGAUCUACUUGAAGCGACACGUGGUCGUGCAUUCCGACGAAAAGCGGUUCAGCUGUGAGUUUUGUGAUUUCAAGACCCGCUACCAUAGCAACCUGCGGACCCAUCUGCGGAACCAUACCGAUGAAAAGCCUUACAGAUGUGAGUUGUGUGAAUACAGCUCGCGGUUUCUGAGCAACCUGAAAACGCAUCAGAGGACACACACUGGUGAUAAACUGUUCAGUUGCGAUCAUUGUGAUUAUAAAACCUCGUUCUCUGGUAACCUGAGGAAGCAUGUCAAGAGCCACAAAUGAGAUUCACUUCAUCAAGCAUGCACAAUCCAGUGGUCAGCAUUCCAAACAACAAAUUAUACAGCAUAGUGGCAAAAGCAGUCUCCUUCAAGAGAACUGCAAAAUUGGUGUCACAUGCUGUGCAAUCAUGUUGUGUCACAUGAGCCACCAAGAGUAGGCUACCAGCCAAUAAUCUCCUUUUGGAGCUUAACCGAAGUAUCGAAUAUGUUUAUCUGAAAUCUGAAUUCAUCAUUUCGAUUUUGAACAUGGAGAAUAUUCUGCUGGGUCCGCAAGAGGGAAAUGCUAGUAAUAAUGUGCCAGAAGCAGGUGCUGCACAGGAGGACGUCCGGCUGCUCCAGCUGCUUAUGCAGCAACUCAUGGCCAUCGUGAUCGAGGUCACGGUCGCACUCGCUGACGCCUCUGUCGGGAACGUGGACGUGGACGAGUUGGCCCCAUCAUUAGGCUACCAGCCAAUAGGAGAUACAUAACGAGUGUGAAGAAAGAGUUUACGAUUUUGGGAAUGGCGAAGAGUUGUCUACUGUUGGUGGUGUAGAGACUUUUGGUGAAAUGGAGGCAGCUGCGUGUCCCAGCAUCCAGCUGAAACGGAAGCCUGACAAAUGUGGCCGCUGCAGUUACACAACUGCCAACCCACAACAGCUGAUGCAACAUUUCCAAACCAACCAUGCCGACCAGUACCCGUUCGUUUGUGAUUUCUGCGAUUUCCGAUGCUUGGAACGAAAAACGCUCAACUUGCACACGCGGACGGAACACGCAGGCGAAAAACGCUUCAGCUGCGAGUUUUGCGACUACAAAGCGGUACGACUGAUCUACUUGAAGCGACACGUGGUCGUGCAUUCCGACGAAAAGCGGUUCAGCUGUGAGUUUUGUGAUUUCAAGACCCGCUACCAUAGCAACCUACGGACCCAUCUGCGGAACCAUACCGAUGAAAAGCCUUACAGAUGUGAGUUGUGUGAAUACAGCUCGCGGUUUCUGAGCAACCUGAAAACGCAUCAGAGGACACACACUGGUGAUAAACUGUUCAGUUGCGAUCAUUGUGAUUAUAAAACCUCGUUCUCAGGUAACCUGAAGAAGCAUGUCAAGAGCCACAAAUGAGAUUCACUUCAACAUGCAUGCACAAUCCAGUGGUCAGCAUUCCAAACAACAAAUUAUACAGCAUAGUGGCAGAAGCAGUCUCCUUCAAGAAAACUGCAAAAUUGGUGUCACAAGCUGUGCCAUCAUGUUGUGUCACAUGAGCCACCAAGAGUAGGCUACCAGCCAAUAAUCUCCUAUUGGAGCUUAACCGAAGGAUCGAAUAUGUUUAUCUGAAAUCUGAAUUCAUCAUUUCGAUUUUGAACAUGGAGAAUAUUCUGCUGGGUCCGCAAGAGGGAAAUGCUAGUAAUAAUGUGCCAGAAGCAGGUGCUGCACAGGAGGACGUCCGGCUGCUCCAGCUGCUUAUGCAGCAACUCGUGGCCGUCGUGAUUGAGGUCACGGUCGCACUCGCUGACGCCUCUGUCGGGAACGUGGACGUGGACGAGUUGGCCCCAUCAUUAGGCUACCAGCCAAUAGGAGAUACAGAGUGUGAAGAAAGAGUUAACGAUUUUGGGUAUGGCGAAGAGUUGUCCACUGUUGGUGGUGAAUUGGAGGCAGCUGCGUGUCCCAGCAUCCAGCUGAAACGGAAGCCUGACAAAUGUGGCCACUGCAGUUACACAACUGCCAACCCACAACAGCUGAUGCAACAUUUCCAAACCAACCAUGCCGACCAGUACCCGUUCGUUUGUGAUUUCUGCGAUUUCCGAUGCUUGGAACGAAAAACGCUCAAUUUGCACACGAGGACGGAACACGCAGGCGAAAAACGCUUCAGCUGCGAGUUUUGCGACUACAAAGCGGUGCGACUGAUCUACUUGAAGCGACACGUGGUCGUGCAUUCCGACGAAAAACGGUUCAGCUGUGAGUUUUGUGAUUUCAAGACCCGCUACCAUAGCAACCUGCGGACCCAUCUGCGGAACCAUACCGAUGAAAAGCCUUACAGAUGUGAGUUGUGUGAAUACAGCUCGCGGUUUCUGAGCAACCUGAAAACGCAUCAGAGGACACACACUGGUGAUAAACUGUUCAGUUGCGGUCAUUGUGAUUAUAAAACCUCGUUCUCAGGUAACCUGAAGAAGCAUGUCAAGAGCCACAAUUGAGAUUCACAACAACAUGCAUGCAUAAUCCAGUGGUCAGCAUUCCAAACAACAAAUUAUACAGCAUAGUGGCAAAAGCAGUCUCCCUCAAGAGAACUGCAAAAUUGGUGUCACAUGAGCCACCAAGAGUAGGCUACCAGCCAAUAAUCUCCUAUUGGAGCUUAACCGAAGGAUCGAAUAUGUUUAUCUGACAUCUGAAUUCAUCAUUUCGAUUUUGAACAUGGAGAAUAUUCUGCCGGGUCCGCAGGAGGGAAAUGCUAGUAAUAAUGUGUCAGAAGCAGGCGCUGCACAGGAGGACCUCCGGCUGCUCCAGCUGCUUAUGCAGCAGCUCAUGGCCGUCGUGAUCGAGGUCACGGUCGCACUCGCUGACGCCUCUGUCGGGAACGUGGACGUGGACGAGUUGUCCCCAUCAUUAGGCUACCAGCCAAUAGGAGAUACAGACGAGUGUGAAGAAAGUGUUUACGAUUUUGGGUAUGGCGAAUAGUUGUCCACUGUUGGUAGUGAAAUGGAGGCAGCUGCGUGUCCCAGCAUCCAGCUGAAACGGAAGCCUGACAAAUGUGGCCACUGCAGCUACACAACUGCCAACCCACAACACCUGAUGCAACAUUUCCAAACCAACCAUGCCGACCAGUACCCGUUCGUUUGUGUUUUCUGCGAUUUCCGAUGCUUGGAGCGAAAAACGCUUCAGCUGCGAGUUUUGCGACUACAAAGCGGUGCGACUGAUCUACUUGAAGCGACACGUGGUCGUGCAUUCCGAUGAAAAGCCGUACAGAUGUGAGUUGUGUGAAUACAGCUCGCGGUUUCUGAGCAACCUGAAAACGCAUCAGAGGACACACACUGGUGAUAAACUGUUCAGUUGCGAUCAUUGUGAUUAUAAAACCUCGUUCUCAGGUAACCUGAAGGAGCAUGUCAAGAGCCACAAUUGAGAUUCACUCCAACAUGCAUGCACAAUCCAGUGGUCAGCAUUCCAAACAACAAAUUAUACAGCAUAGUGGCAAUAGCAGCCUCCCUCAAGAGAACUGCAAAAUUGGUGUCACAUGAGCCACCAAGAGUAGGCUACCAGCCAAUAAUCUCCUAUUGGAGCUUAACCGAAGGAUCGAAUAUGUUUAUCUGACAUCUGAAUUCAUCAUUUCGAUUUUGAACAUGGAGAAUAUUCUGCCGGGUCCGCAGGAGGGAAAUGCUAGUAAUAAUGUGUCAGAAGCAGGUGCUGCACAGGAGGAGCUCCGGCUGCUUAUGCAGCAGCUCAUGGCCGUCGUGGUCGAGGUCGCACUCGCAGACGCCUCUGUCGGGAACGUGGACGUGGACGAGUUGGCCCCAUCAUUAGGCUACCAGCCAAUAGGAGCCACCUACAACACAGAUCGCCGCGUUCUAGGGAGAAUUGCAACGUUGCCAAGUAGUGCUCUCACUUGAUAAGCCCGAGUUCCCAGCAGUUGAAAGCGAGUGGAAAGUCUAAGAUUUCUCUGAAAAUCAGCAGACAAUUUUUGUUGAGAAUCCAGAUAAAGGAUGUAUUUUUUAGGGAAUUCUGUUGCCAUUUCACUGUGUAAAAUGAAAAUUAAAUAUAUGUGAGAUUGUCGUACGCCUCUGUAAUAUUGUGUGGCGAAUAACAUCUUAUUAAAAACAAAAGUGAUCUUCAUCGUAUAAUGCCCGAAGGAGGGGCAAUAUUGAAUCAGAAAACAUUUUAAGUAAUUGUUUAACAUAGUUGUCGUGGGCUUAUUACUAUUUUGUUUUCUUGUUUUAAGUGGUUAGGUGGUAGAGUGGACAUUAUUGUACAAACUUCGCCAUGUCAACAAAAAUAAACAUUGUGUUUUGUGAGCUAAA